UAUUUCAAUAUGGCGGAUCCACAAUUUGAUCAGGAUUUAAGAAAGGCAUUUCAAGAUCUUCAGGCGUUGAUGCUUGAAUCAACACAAAAGAUAAAAAUAUCAGAAAUACAAAUCGAGCAACUAAGAAGUACAAUAACUCGUGCUAGACUGACUGAAAGAGAACUGGACGGUUUACCACCUGACACUAGAACAUACGAAGCUGUUGGGAGAAUGUUCUUACAUCAGCCCAUCAAAACAAUUCAAGAGAGCUUACAAGAAAAAAUCAGAAUAACAGACUCCAAAGUAAAAACGAUUGAGGGAAACAAACAACAUCUGGAAAGUAAAAUAAAAGAACAUGAGGACAAUAUUAGAGAGAUGUUAACUUCCAGACAUAAAUAA